AUGAUUGUAUGGAAAAGUGGCCUGACAACACUUGCAUCUUACUCUGUUAAAGAUCAUGCUGGCUUUCGUGGAUCCGUUAGAAAAGGAAAUUGGGCUGACUGGCUGAGGGUGGAUGUGGGCCCAGCUUCUUACUUGGAGGGAAGUGGAUCUGGAUUGGAUCCUGUCUUGGAGUGGGACGGGGAGGCGCCCCAAUGUUCUGUGGGGGAAUCUGGACGUUUACUUGAGGGUGUGGAUGUCUUGGACGUUUUAGUACACAAGGAUAUUGUUAAAGGAGCGGUGUUGGGGGAUUCUCAUGUCUCUGAGAUGGAGGAUCGUGAAGAAGAGUAUGUUUCAGAUGAAUCUAGUUAUGAGUUUGAAAGAUCGAUCAGGGUGUCAUUGCCAAGGUUGAAGGAGAGGAACUCGUCGCCAUCUAAUAAAGCAACAAAAGGGGUUAGGAAGAGCGAGCGUCACAAGAAACCGUCGUCCAGAUGGAAUGAGGAGGUGGGUUAUGUGGCGAGCCUCCUAGAUCGACCAAGAAGAAAGUCAUGCGUGAUGAUUCCUCUGAAGAGGAGAAGAUCAAGCUUAGGAUCGGUGGGUUGUUCUGGGGCUUCUUCUGUAGUUGUUGACUUGUCAAACAACUGUUCCUUGAGGGAUGACUCUGAUAAGGUCAAAUAUGAGACCUUGCACCCAGAGGGGCCCAGUCCCAUUGGAUGCGAAUGAUCUGUCAGUGGACCCGACUUGUGGAGCUGGGGCUUGACAAUUGUGUAGCUAUGCAAGGAGUUCAAUGGCAACACAUUUUCAUAGCUUAUCCGGAUCUUUAUGAAGCUAUCCAAUCAGAUGAUCCUGUUAAUUUCUGGUAAGUAGACUCAACACUUAAUCUUCUCAAAUGUUUACUUUUAGAUAAUGGUUGUCCCAGAAUUCACCUUAUUCCUAGAAGCUAGUGUAUAAUUGCUGCCAAAUUGGCUUCUCGCAACAUUUCAUGCCAUUUAUUAUCGUUGUUUCGUCAAGGGAGGAAAUUGCCGAGAUGGCUCAUGAAGACAAUUCAAGCUAAUGGUUUUUAUAUGUAACUUUGCUGUGUUUGU